AUCAAAAAGGGCGAAGAAGAAAAUAGGAAGUAGUCGACGAGAAGCUAGCUAGCAUGUUUAAUAUUUAGCUUAGCUGCUUCUCUCCAGAACACAGUAGUAACUCAUUAACAAUCUCUUGAACGGAUUGUAGCUGUCUUGUCAUUGACUACGUGUUGUUGUUGUUGGUGGUACGUGGGUAGGACAAUAUGAGCGGAGAGAGAGAAACGUUGCUGGAUGGAAUCGAACAGAGUUUGUGGAAUUUAACCGAGAACCAUUUACGUUACCUGUGUGAACGUUGUGGAAUAGCUGGUCAAGAUGGCCUCGACGUCAAAGGGAGGAAUUAUCGCUCGCUGCGUCGUAAAAUAGAAGAAUAUUGUGAAAGUGAUGAUUUAAUGAAAUUAGAGGACCAGGGAAUGUCUUGGUUACGCCAAUUGCAAAACGACAUCAAAACGAUACAACGAGAUGCUAGCCUCAGGCAGUCAGCGCAAGUGGACACACUGGACGGCACCGAGCCAAGCAGAACCGAGAACGAGGGGGGCGCUGAGAGCUCGACAGACCCGGAUCCAGAGAGACACAUACCACCAGAACGGAGGGAGAACGACUCAGAAGACUCAUCCUCCAGACAGUCCCCACCCAGUUCUUCAGAACCCCAACUCUCGACGUCAUCACCGGGUCCCGACAGCAACCAUGGUGACCAGAGGUCAAAACUGGGUAGUCUGCGGAUAGUUCUACAAAAAGUUGUUGUCGUCAAGGAGGAGGAAGACGACUGGGAUUGCUGUGUUACAGGUGAGAGUCCCAACCAACCAUCUGCCAGUGAAUAUAGUCCCUCUUCAACGGAAGAACCAGAACAUUCCGAAUCCGAAGAUCCUGAACAUUCCGAAUACGAAGAACCUGAACAUUCCGGAUCAGAAGAACCUGAACAACGACGAGCGAAACGCAAAACUAAGACUCACAGCUGCCUAGCGUGUGGGAGGAAGUUUGUCUCCUUGUACACACUAAGGAGACACCAGAACAGGACACACACAGGAGAGGAGACGGAGAACAGGACACACACAGGAGAGGAGACAGAGAAGAGAAAAAGACAGAGUCCUGCUUCAGGAGAACCUGAACAACAGAAGAGGAAAUGGGGAGUCAGGAAGACCCACUCCUGCCCCGAGUGUGGGAGACACUGCCCAUCGUUAUCAGCACUGAAGGUCCACCAGAGAAUCCACACUGGAGAGAAGCCUUACCUCUGCUCUGAGUGUGGGAAGGGCUUCACUUAUCAAAGUAGCUUGAGAUUACACCAGAAGAAAGACUCCGCCGACAAGGUGACCUGCUGCUGUGGACAAGAGUUCUCCUCAAAGUGUGUUCUGGAGGUUCACUUGAAGACGGACACGGGAGCCAAGCCUUACACCUGCUGUGUGUGUGGCAAAGGGUUCGGUAAAAAAGAACGGCUAAAAGAACACCAGCGAUCCCACACAGGAGAGAUGCCUUACUCUUGCUCGUUCUGUGGCAAGGGUUACUACCAAAAACCAGCUUGGAAAGCCCACGAGCGAACGCACACAGAGGAGAAGCCCCUGUGCUCCGUGUGCGGACGGACCUUCUCUAAUAAGACUACGUUAAAAGUCCACCAACGAACACACACAGGAGAGAAGCCUUUCCUCUGCUCGGAGUGUGGCAAGGGCUUCCUCAGUAAAGCAUACCUGACGACCCACCAGCGAUUCAACUGUUCCGGGGGAGAAGAACGACGGCGAGCGAAGAGGUUUCACAAGUGUCCGGACUGUGGGAAGGAGUUCACACAAGCAAACAAACUGGAGAGACACGUGAGAACACACACAGGAGAGAGGCCUUACCAGUGCUCUGUGUGUGGGAUGAGGUUCAACCAGAAAGGGAAUCUCAAAACGCAUUUUAAAGUGCACACAGGAGUGGAUCCCAGUUUAGUGGCUGACAUGGAGACUCCCUCUGAACAACCUCGGGACAACAGACGUAAAGCUGGGAGGCCACAACGCUGCCUCCAUCAGCAUGACGAGGAGGGAACCCAAAACCUACCGGCACCACAAACCCACCACCUCCCGGCACCACAGAGGGAGGGAACCCAAAACCUACCGGCACCACAAACCCACCACCUCCCGGCACCACAGAGAGAGGGAACCCAAAACCUACCGGCACCACAAACCCACCACCUCCCGGCACCACAGAGAGAGGGAACCCAAAACCUACCGGCACCACAAACCCACCACCUCCCGGCACCACAGAGAGAGGGAACCCAAAACCUACCGGCACCACAAACCCACCACCUCCCGGCACCACAGAGGGAGGGAACCCAAAACCUACCGGCACCACAAACCCACCACCUCCCGGCACCACAGAGGGAGGGAACCCAAAACCUACCGGCACCACAAACCCACCACCUCCUGGCACCACAGAGGGAGGGAACAUCCCACCACCUCUCUGCACCACAGAGAGAGGGAACCCAAAACCUACCGGCACCACAAACCCACCACCUCCCGGCACCACAGAGAGAGGGAACCCAAAACCUACCGGCACCACAAACCCACCACCUCCCGGCACCACAGAGAGAGGGAACCCAAAACCUACCGGCACCACAAACCCACCACCUCCUGGCACCACAGAGGGAGGGAACAUCCCACCACCUCUCUGCACCACAGAAACCCACCAUGUCCCUCAGGGGAGAAAAACACUAUCUCUGCCCUGAAUGUGGCAAGACUUACACCCGGGAAUACGACCUCCGAGUCCACCUCAGAACGCACACGGGAGAGCGACCGUACCAGUGCGAUGAAUGCGGAAAGACCUUUGUUCGGAAACAAGGGCUCCGUCAACACCGGCGGUCACACGCUCCCAAGCCCAUGGGACCGACCCGUCAGUUAGGCAGACCCGUCAGCAUGGGUUCCAGUAGCAGGAGACCGAACCAAUCAUCACCCAGGAUGGGGCGCUCCAAGCAGCAGUUGCCCAGGGUUGAUAAAGCCACGCCUCCGUUCUCUAGUGGAGAGAGACCCAUGCCCUUCCACACAGUGGAGAGACCCAUGCCUUUACAUCGGGUGGAGAGACCCAUGCCUUUACCAGACAUGGAGAGAGAACACUGGCAGUACUGGCAUCUUUAAACUCCACGGCUAUGGUCUGCAUCCUAUUCCCUAUGUAGUGCACUGCUUUUGACCAGGGCUCAGUGCACUAUAAAUGGAAUAGGGUGCCAUUUUGGACAUUGCAUGUCUCUCAUGACUACACAGAACUGUUAUUUUUGCUUCCGUUUGUGUGUGUGUGUGUGUGUGUUGUUGCUUCCUCAUUUAUGGUCAGUAUAAUAAUCGUUACCGCCGAGCGAGAUAAUCUUGCCAACCGUAGUUAUAGUAACGUACAUAUUUUUUAAAUCAACAAAAAAAUUAAGCGAUUGCAUUUACAUCCAUUCUAGUGUUUAAAAAAAAAGAAAUAUAUAUAAAUAUGUUAUGUGACUUAUUGAAGCUGUAAUGAUGCAACAAUAAGAAUCCACAGAGACGUACGUGUCAUAAUGCCAGUAUCAAACGGCCGGCCCCUUUUUCUAUACGCCUUAUAACAUUACAUUUUCAUGUCAUUGACGGUAUAAGCAGAGAUGGCAUCUGUUGUCUUUACACUUCAACCCGGAUGGUGGCGGUGUGUGUGUGUGUGUUGCUUCCUCAUCUGUGAUCAGUACAAUAAAGUCUGCUGUAUUGUGUAAGAUAAUCAUUCCAACUGUAGUUGUCGUCCUGUGCAUAUUUUAAAUCAACAAAAAUGAAGUGUUUGCAUUUUA